CCGGAAGUGUGACGUUGGAUGACACAAUCUUGGAGUAGAGGAGAGAGAUUAUUCCAGGAGCUCUGUGCUGGACCAAAAUCACAGCCAAAUAGAAUGGCCGAGGAAAACAUCUUUCUGUUUGUCCCGAAUUUAAUCGGCUAUGCCCGAAUCAUCCUAUCCUUGUUGUCCUUCUAUCUGAUGCAGUGCUGUCCUGUUCCUGCGAUGGUUUCUUAUCUACUAAGUGCACUACUAGAUGCCUUUGAUGGACAUGCAGCCCGAGCUCUUAAUCAAGGUACUAAGUUUGGUGCCAUGCUGGACAUGUUAACAGACCGCUGUGCCACUAUGUGCUUGUUGGUGAACUUGUCGCUUCUGUACCCAUCCUAUACCUUCCUCUUCCAGUUAAGCAUGUGCUUGGAUAUUUCCAGCCACUGGCUGCACCUGCACAGUUCUGUGAUUAAAGGAGCAACCAGUCACAAAGCCAUUGACCUGUCUGGCAACCCGGUUCUCAGGCUGUAUUAUACCUCCAGGCCGGUGCUGUUUUUCAUGUGCAUGGGGAACGAGUUGUUUUAUUGUCUACUCUACAUGAUCUACUACAUUGAAGAGCCACAGGUGUGGCUGCAGUGGCUGCUGGGAGUGUGUGCUGUGGUCUCUGUGUUGAAGUCAGGCAUCAGCACCCUCCACCUGAUCACCGCCUCCCGUAACAUGGCCGCCAUCGACUUGGCUGACCGUGAAAGCGAGAGGAGCAAAACCAAAUGAGAGAGGAAUGAGGGGUGAAAUCAGGGGGUAUGGCUUAAUGUGGGAGAGAGACUGAGUGACAAUCAGGUUAAUAAAAUAAGGGAAGAAAUGUGGACCUGGAGAUGGAAAAGUGGACGCAGGCCAGUGUUCAUGAAAUGCACUGUGGGACAAUUUGGGUAGUGAUGAUUUUAUUUAUUCAUUUAUAGACUGCUAGAAACAAAUAUUAAUGCAGCAGAACAGUCGUGUUUUAAUCUAAAUAUCACAUGAAAUAAUUUGUUUGUCCCUUGCCUUAUUCCCUCAGUUAAGGUUUGAACAUGUGCGUGCAUGUGUGUACAUAUUGUGGGAAAGUAGAACAACUUGCUGCACCACUGACACCUCCCAACCUUGUCCCUUCUCUCACACACACAUAUAUACAUUCCCAUGACCACUCAAAGAAAUGACGUGUGCAUCAACACUUCAGUCAAACCGAAAUGUGCUUUUGUUUUUAUUUUGUUGUUGUUAUUGCGGUGUCUAUAUUUCUACCACUCAUAUCAUCCUAAUAUGAAUGUAUCAGUAUGUCAUGGUAAGAGUAUUCUUGUCUAGAGAUGUACUCUUUGUACUGCAUAGCAAUAAAGAUGUUUUUAUAACA